AUGGCAUACCCGCAGAACACGUUCGCUCCUUCGAGGUCCCUAUCGAAUCCCGACAUAUCGCUAUCGUCCUUUCGAUCCAUCUCCGGCGCCCUCGCGAGCGCAUCACCCCCACCACUUCCCGCGCCGCCCAAGCCCCCCGCGCCGCGCAAAGACCUUGAGCCCACAUCGUCCGAGUUCCACCCCUUCCUCUGUACCAUCUGCUGGACCGAGCAAAAAUCGUUGCCUCACACUUUUGGUCUGGACGGCCGCAUCGUGUGCGCCGACUGUUGGCGAUGGACAUACCACAUGAGCAUCUGCUGGCGCUGCGGAGACCAGAACCUGCUGACGGUCAGCCAGUCUCCUCUGCUUCCCCCGCCCUAUCUUGAUUGCAAUUGCGAGCCGCACAAACAUGGCAUGAUUGUCGAGGAGCCGCCAGUCUGCUCCCGUUGUGUCGACUUGCCAGAGUCCCUUGCAAAGCUGGAGCAGCAUGUUAGAGCGCCGAGAAAUCGUCCAGGCAAAGUCAUACAUCCAAAGGGCUUGUUGGACGGAGCUUCCUCAAGACUAUCGUUGACGGACCCGUUGAAUCCGGAUGCCAACAGACUCGGGGCCGCAAACCAAAAACAUACAAUGCAUCCUCCAUGGUUGGUUCUUCAGUCAUCAAAACGACAUGCAGAAUUCAUGUCUCCAUAUCAGUCAGGCCCACAGCUGCACCAGACUCCACGGCAGAAGCAGUCCACAGCAUCUUCGACACCAUUUGCCACACCUCCACAAUCUCUCAAGGCUGCUGAGCUGUCAUCUUGUCCAAACAUUCCGCACCAGCUUCCGUUGGACCUGGCGGAACAGCCGUCUACGCCGCUAGUGGGGACAGUGACUGCCUCAUGGGUUCGUCCGGGUACCCAUUUGUCUGUAGACUCCUCGAAGAGUCAGGGGCUCCAAUUCUCAGCCUCAACAGGGUCAAGCACAUCGCCUUCCCAGCAUUUAAUCACGUCACCAUCAGAUGAGCCCCGUUGGUUGCAAACUGGUUCCUUGAGUCGUAUCCGACGCAGCUUCUCAACCACGAAAGCGCUAAAUCCCUUCCGAAGGGCUUCGACCACCAAGUCAUUUCUCCCUCCUGUUGGAUCAUGUGGUCCAACAGAAAUGCAUACGCCACUGCCGUCACAAGAUAUUGCCCCUGCAAGAUCUCCCAUCUUCAAAGAGCUUUCGGCUUUCUUUACAUCACGUUCAAAGACCGGGAAAGUCAUCCUCCAACGCCGCGUCAGCCCUGAUAGCACGAAAGCUACCGAAAGCGGAAGCUACACACCUGAUAAGACGAUCCUGGAUCGUGCGUGCGAGAGAUGUGGUAUGGACUUGUCUGAUUGGUGGGUGAGGCGCGAGGAGUCAGGGGCACAGAGUCGAGAUAAUGAGGGUCAUCGUGACCACACUGGCCGUUUCUGUGAGGAUUGCAUAGCUACUGGGCUAAUGUCCAGAGCAAUGCCUGGGGCAUGGGAUUGA